GAGUAAAUUCUGAAUUUGCAAUGUCACUAUCGGCUGAAUAUCAUCAUCAUUUGAAUCAAGGGUUGCUUCCCAUUUGUUUCUUACCUCAAUUACAGCGGAGCACCUUGCCACUAUGAUCUCAAUUCUGUAUUCCUCUUCAAGGUUCUUUCCAAGUUCAUCUGCCUGUAUUUCUGAGAACUAAUGUAAACUUGAUUUCAAUAUUUCAAAUGUAAUAGUGAGAAAGAUAGUGAUGAAUAGUAUUCAUCAUCACACUUUUCCUACAAAUCAGUAUAAAUAAAGCGGGUUUGUCUCCUGCUGGCAAAUUUGGAAAGCCAGAAAUGACAGUGUUUAGAAAUGGAAACCCAAACCCUUACUCUGUGGUCGCAGCUUCGGCUGCAGUCCUCACUACUGCCACGAGCUCAAAUGGUCAGGCAGGUGGAGUUGCUCCUCAAAACCAUCCUCCCACCAUCAGGUGGACUUCUCCUUCUGCUUGUACCGUAAAACUAAAUUUUGAUGGAUCUGUUAGCGGUUCCUCUGUUGCUGGCGGAUUUAUUAUACGUGAUGUCCAUGGCAGACCACUUGUAGCAGCUACUAGAAGGGUCGGUACUACAACGGUUCCUUUAGCGGAGGCUCUUGCCCUCAGGGACGGGCUCAUUUGUGCCUCCAGUCGGGGAUAUAAUCAAAUAGAGGUAGAAGGAGACCCAAUUCACCCCCAAAUUCACAACAAUUAGGGUUCUACGUGCUGUGCUUCGGGUGCGAUCAUUCAUCAAAUACCAGAGGGAGAGAGAAACCUGGUAGCUGGGUAAGAUGAAUCUCUCGGUUACUUGAACGAAGGGAAAAGAGAUACAGUUAGUUUAUAUGGAAAUGAUGAAACAAAGGCGUAAGUUGGGGGAUAUUGCAAGUUGUGAAGGUGUAGGACUAGGAGGUAGUGGUGGGAAUGAGAGCGGGAUAGACAGAUUUAGCGAUCUUCCGGAUCAAGUUGCACACCACAUUCUUUCCUUCCUGGCUUUGCCGGACCUUAGUCGUGUGUGUUGUGUGUCCAAAAGGUGUGGAGAACUUUGUAUAUCUGCUCCCUCGCUGAAUUUUGAUGAAUUUUCCUCCGAUUCUAUGUCCACGUGUUCCGGGCGGCUAAAGUUGUCGACUUAUUUGGAAAGGUUCUUGUUUCAUCGUGGGGAUAAUAAGAUACAGUCCUUUCGUCUCCGUUGGGAAAGUCACUCUUUGGAGGUAGAUUUAACACCAUGCAUCUGUGAUAAUGAGUGUUAUCGAUUGAGCACUUGGAUCCAGAAUGCAGUACGGUGUAAUGUUGAAGUGCUUGAUCUUAAGAUUACUUUAUAUAACACCGAAUUGGUGUUUUUUCCAUCUUGUGUGUUUCUCUGUGCACCUUUGAAGUCUCUGGUGGUGGACAUGAAUUAUACGGUCCUUAGAACUCCGUCUUUUGCCUUUUCCUCUAAUCUCAAGUACUUGCAGUUGACAAAUGUUUAUAUAGAAGAUGACAAGUUUUUCAAAUGGAUCUCAUGUUCCUGCAAGUGCAUUGGGGAUUUGCAUCUUAGUCAUGUUCUUGGGAUAGAGAACGUCACCAUUUUCCGGUCAUCUUUGGAAAGGUUUAGUUUGAUUUGUGGUCCUCUGGAUCAUAUGUGCCAUUUAAAUAUCUCAAGUGAGAAACUUGUGGACAUAGAUCUUUACUGGACAUUUGAUUCACCUAGCAACAAAUCCUUAACUAUUGAUGCCCCAAAUCUUAAAUCUUUCAAAUGGAUUGGGAAUUUGAUGAAAUACCCAAAUCUAGGAAAACUAGAAUGCUUAGAAACAGCUGCACUUUUUUUGAAGCCUGAAGUAGAGGACUUAAACAAGGUACAUGAGGUUCUUUGGGGUUUACGCAGGGCUCCAGGUCUUUUGCUAAAUGACGUGGUGAUUAAGGCUUCAUUUAUGGAUGGAUCUGUGCCAGCUUCAUUGUAUGAUACUUCCGGUUUGUGUUUGAUUAUCGAAAGCUUUGUUGAUGAGCUGGUCCCAGCAUUGGUCUGUGUCUUCAGAAGAACACCUAAUUUGAGUUUGUUAUGCAUAAAGUCUAAACCACCACAUAACCCUCAAUCUAAUACAUUCGGGUUUAAUAUGGAAUACUGGAAGCUGCAAGAACUUGCUUUUACUAAUCAGCUUAAGCAUGUGACUAUAGAGCUUUGCAGUGGGUCUAAUGGAAUUGAUCUGACAAAGUAUAUGCUCAAGUAUGCUCUCAAUAUGCAGAGAAUGGUUGUGAUUUGUUUGCCCAUAGAUUUGAAGAAGGUUACAAGGAAACUAAAGAAAAUCAAGAUGAUUUCCAAUGCUGUACUUGUUAUUCAGAAAAAGUAAAAAGGAAAACGCAUAGAGCUUUCUUUAUGUAUUGUUUUAUUUUAUGUAUUGCAGAUUCUGAUAUGAAUGUUGAUUGAUCCUUUGGCAAUUACAUGGAUCUCUUUGUUUCAAAUUUGAUAAAUAAUAUUCCUUGUUUAGGGAUAUAUUCGUGUUCAUUCAAAAUAUACAAGCAAUAAGGCUGU